UAUUAAAAAAGAAAUUACAUAAAUAUAAAGUUGCAGAAAUUAUAGUGCUUUCCCUUCACUAGUUUCUUUGCCUGCUUUCCUGUGAUUGUGCAGUCCAGUUACAUUCAUGGUAAUGGGAAAUGUUGGUGGUAGAGAAGAUGGUGAAGGAACUUCAGGAACAAAGAAGAAAGGAUAUGAAGUGGAUAAUGAACAGUUUAAUACAGACCCAAUGCUUCAUUCCCCUCCCCAAAGUCCUAAUAAUGACGCUUAUCAGCUUCCUUUCCAAUACCCUCCACAGAUCCCUAUGUUUCCCUGGUUAAGAUCUGCUGAAAUGAUCCAAGACCAAAGUGAUUUGCUCGUGCAGAACACUAACUUGCCAUGGGAGUACAACGAUUCAGGCAGACCUUUGAAUUUACAGAUCUCUGGGGUUCCCUUGCCCAGGCCUGGUCAAAUGAGCCAAUUCCAAAAUGAUCCACCGGUACAAAAGUUGAUGCGCUGCAAGGAUUUCGACCAAGAGGAGAAGAGAGCAGUGAUGAUAACAUGGUGUUUCGGUGGCAAGCAAGUGGCUAUUACCGGAUCAUGGAGCAAUUGGAAGACCAUAGAACCUUUGCACUCUUUGGGUAAAGAUUUCAUUAUCAUGAAGAUGCUCCCAUGUGGUGUUUACCACUACCACUUCAUUGUCGAUGAGCUAAGGAUAUAUGCUCCGAACUUACCCUGCGAAUUCGAUGAGUCCGGGAAUGUUUAUAACAUUUUGAAUUUGCAGGACUUUGUUCCAGAAGCUCCUGAAAGCCUCUCAGAGUUCGAACCUCCUCCUUCCCCUAUAUCGAGCUACGACAAUCAACCACUAAACAGUGGUGAUUUCAGCAAGCCUCCACCUGAACUGCCUCCGCAGUUACGGACAAAGAUAUUCGAAGAACGAUCGUUUGUUAGUCGGAAGCCAAAGUCCUCGCGAAGGCCUUCUCAUACAUUGCUGAACCAUCUUUACAAGCAAGAUGGUGAUGAUGGUCAGUCUAUGGCACUUUGCUCAACACAACGGUUUCUUCAAAAAUAUGUAACUGUAGUACUGUACAAGUCCGUGCAUAGGUAAAU